UUUGACAGCUGUCUUCUCUUAUGAUUGGUUGGUUUGGUAGAGGGCGUUGCCAUACCUCCUCGCUAGUGGAAUCGUGUUCAUUUCAGAAGUCAUCAUGGCGCUCACUUCCUCACAUCAAGAUCACCCGUUUGGCCAUUUGAUUGACACCUUACCAAGCAAGAAAAAUGACAUUAGAAAAUAUUUCAAUCCUCAGAAGCUUGGAGAUCCCAAGUAUGAGCGUCUGCCGUUCUGCGUCCGUGUGCUGCUCGAGGCUGCCAUCCGGAAGUGUGAUGGCUUCUAUGUGAAAGAGGAGGACGUGUACAGUAUUUUGAACUGGGAAGAGCGUCAGAAUGAGGCCGAGAUCCCCUUCUCUCCAGCGCGAGUACUGUUACAAGACUUCACGGGUAUUCCAGCCAUGGUGGACCUGGCAGCCAUGAGAGAUGCUGUAGCCAAGAAUGGCCUGGACCCCAACCUCAUCAACCCCAAAUGUCCCACUGACCUUAUAGUAGAUCACUCACUACAGAUUGACUUCAGCAAGUGUGCCAUCCAGAACGCCCCUAACCCUGGCGGGGGCGAUGGGCACGGGCCAGGACCUCGCUCUGUUCCUGGCCGUCCGGCUCCACGUAGCCAUCACGCCAGCAGCAGCGGCGCUCAGUGUGGAGGUCAGAGAGGAGGCUGCACCAAGGGCUCCUGCACCGACUUGCCUACUAGAGCCACCGCAGUACAGAUUGAGAACACGCCACUUCUGUGCCCUUUUCACCUAAAGCCUGUUUCCGAGCCUGAGACUGCUCUCAAAAACCAGGAGAUGGAGCUCAUAAGAAAUAAAGAACGACUUCAGUUCUUCAAGUGGUGUUCGAAAGCAUUCAAGAACGUGAGUGUGGUUCCUCCAGACAUCGGCUCAGUUCAUCAAGUUAAUCUGGAGUACCUGUCUCGCGUGGUACAGGAACGUGAGGGUUUCAUUUACCCGGACAGUGUAGUGGGCACAGACUCUCACACUACCAUGAUCAAUGGCCUUGGUAUACUUGGCUGGGGAGUAGGCGGUAUAGAGACGGAGGCAGUCAUGCUGGGUCAGCCGAUCUUUUUCACGCUGCCGCAGGUUGUUGGAUGUAAGCUAGUGGGGUCCGUCAACAUUCUGACUACAUCUAUAGACAUCGUCCUUGGUAUCACUAAGCACUUACGCCAGGCUGGUAUCAGUGGGAAGUUUGUGGAGUUCUUUGGUCCAGGUGUGUGUCAGCUCUCUGCUGCAGACAGAACCACCAUUGCGAACAUGUGUCCUGAAUACAGCGCCACUGUCAGCUUUUUCCCUGUAGACGAUAUCACACUCAAGCACUUUAAACAGACCAACUUCACAGAAGAAAAACUUGAAGUUUUGGAGACUUACCUUAAAUCUGUGAAACUGUUUCGGAGUGCCGCUGACCAGUCAGAGGAUCCACGUUAUACUGAGGUAAUAGAAAUAAACUUGAGUUCCAUCGUCCCCAAUGUGAGUGGACCCAAACGGCCACAAGACCGAGUGCCCGUCAGCUGCGUGAAAGAGGAUUUCCUUAACUGCCUCAAUGAAAAGGUUGGUUUUAAAGGGUUCCAUGUUCCGAGGGAAAAGCAAAGCGCUGUGGUGCCGUUUCUACAUGACGGCACUGAAUACACACUCGUUCACGGAUCAGUCGUCAUCGCUGCUGUCAUCAGCUGCACCAACAACUGCAACCCUUCUGUCAUGCUCACUGCAGGCCUCUUAGCAAAGAAAGUGGUGGCGGCUGGUCUUUCUGUGAAACCUUACAUCAGGACCAGCCUCGCUCCGGGGAGUGGCAUGGUUACACACUACCUCAAUGCCAGUGGAGUGCUGCCUUACCUCAACCAGCUUGGGUUUGAGGUGAUUGGUUAUGGAUGUGCCACCUGCGUAGGAAACACAGCACCUUUACCUGAAUCUGUAGUAGAUGCCAUCAAACAGGGGGAUUUGAUUGCUUGUGGAGUGUUGUCAGGGAACAGGCAUUUCGAGGGGCGUCUCUGCGAUUGUGUUCGUGCCAACUACCUAGCCUCACCCCCUUUGGUGUUGGCGUACGCCAUCGCAGGCACAAUCGGAAUCGAUUUUGAGAACCAGCCGCUCGGUGUGAACGGUGACGGUAAGGAGGUGUUCCUGAAGGAUGUGUGGCCGUCUAAAGAAGAGGUCCAGGAUGUAGAGGAGCACAUGGUCAUCGCCUCAAUAUUCACCGAGCUGAGGAGCAGGAUGCAGAAAGGGAGCACUUUUUGGAACAACCUAGACGCUCCAGAUGCUGUGUUCUUCCCGUGGGAUGCCAAGUCCACGUAUAUCCGCUGCCCUCCAUUCUUCAACAAACUUUCUAAAGAAGUUUGUCCUCCUGGGUCGAUUGAUAAUGCACACGUUCUGCUGUUUCUGGGGGACAAAGUCACCACUGACCACAUCUCUCCUGCUGGCAGCAUCGCACGGGUCAGCGCGGCCGCCAAGUACCUACAGAGCAAACGCCUGACACCUCGCGAAUUCAACUCUUACGGCGCACGCAGAGGGAACGAUGCUGUGAUGACUAGAGGAACUUUUGCCAGCAUCAAACUCCUAAACCGUCUCGUCGGCAAACCCGGCCCCAAAACCGUGCACGUCCCGUCAGGACAGACGCUGGACGUGUUCGAGGCAGCGGAGCGGUACCAGAGAGACAGCAUUCCUCUCAUCAUCCUGGCAGGAAAAGAUUACGGCUCAGGCAGCUCACGAGACUGGGCAGCCAAAGGACCUUACCUACUGGGAGUGAGAGCGGUGAUCGCUGAGAGUUUUGAAAAGAUCCAUAAGAACCACCUGGUGGGAAUGGGCAUCGCUCCUCUGCGGUUCCUUCCUGGCCAGAGCGCUGAAACCCUGGGGCUCUGUGGGAAAGAGAGGUUCUCCAUCUCCAUCCCAGAGCAGAUCACUCCUCAGCAAGAGCUAACUGUGCUGACCAGCACCGGAAAGAGCUUCAGUGUGGUGGCGUUGUUCGAGAACGAGAUGGACGUGGCCUUUUACAGACACGGAGGCAUUCUGAAAUACGUGGCCCGCAGUAUGCUGAAGUAACAUCUCUCUCUCUCUCUCUCUCUCUCUCUCUCUCUCUCUCUCUCUCUCUCUGUGUGCGUGUAUCCAGCGUCCUCUCAGAUUAUUCACACAAACCAUCUCAGGAGCGCUGAGCGAGAACGUUUGUGCUAAGACUGCUGAUCUUCAGCCCGGUCGAGCUACUCGUGUGUGUGUCUGGUUGUGAAGGGCUGUUGUUGGCCCGGCAACAGCUCUGGAUGCAAGCCGGUGACUCUUUCGGGGCUUGGACUCUGUUGUGCCUGUUUUCUGCUGUUUCCUCCAUCACUCUUCCUAAUAAGGCAUCUACCGGAGGACAUGGUUUUUCUUGCACUUAACAACAUUUCUGCUGUUUCAUUCUCUAAAUUCUGCCGUCCCACAGAGAUGCAGAAGAAAUCCAGACUCUACACAAAGUUCUGGUGCUCCAGUUCUGGUGUCCUUGAAAUUCUUUGGGUCGAUUCUGGAUUUGUCCACCUGGCUGGUGGUGCAUGUUUUACGGUGCCUGUUCAGCACGAUGGUGGACACGUUGUUAAAAAUCGGAGGAACUGGUGCUAGGCUCUCACACAGACUACAUGAUGCCCCCCCCCCCACACACACACACACACGACGGUGCUUCUUAAACUGAUACUUACAGUACUUUACGUACUGCUUUAACGCUCGCAGGCCUUUACACAGAUUCCUUUCUGGGGUUUUUUUUGUUUGUUCUUUUUUGUAACAGAUGAUUUUGUUAGUGUACGAAGUCGAACACAAUACCUAACCUCAGUAACCCACUUUUUAAAAGUCCUCAUCUUUGUGAGGAUUUUAAAAAAUGUAUUACAUUUACAUUAUUUAUUUUUGAUUCGAUCCAGCGUGAAAUCAUUUGUUCUUCGGUUUCUGUCUGUUCCAUCACGGAGAGUGAGUGUAAUGGCCUGGACGUAGUAACUGAAAUAAAUAUAGUCUCGUUGUUGUUCCUACAGUGGUGAAUUGUAAGAACCGGCGCUUAUCUGACUGGGAAACUUUUUAAAUAGGUCUGAGCAUCUGGAGAUGUAAAUACUUCACAAUUUCAAAAGAAAACCCAUCACAACAACAAACCACAGGCAAAUAAUCAUUAACAGAAAGCAAACGUAGUACUACGAUACAUUUCUUUUUGAAAAGGUCUUUUAACCACCUUGUAAGUUUGGAUUUGUAACAUAAUUCUGCUGAUUUCAGCCCAGAUAUACUAACGCGAAGACCAGCGUGACAUAUAUGUUUUACGAGGAAAGACGAACAAGACAGUUUACAUUUAAUGCUACAAUAUACAUUUAAUGCUCAGAAAUAAUUCAUGUAGAUCUUGGUAACAUGUUUCUCAAAUUCACACAGUAGGUAUAUAUACUGGUCAUCCAUGUGAGGAACAUGAUGCACUGACUAGCAGAACAUUUUAAGACAAUAUUUAUUGCACCUUUGAUCACAAAGCCACCUGUUAAAAUCCGUCACCAAUAUCCUAAAACGUGUAUUAUGCCAAAUCGGAAUUACAGCUAUAUAUUCCCCUGUUAAUAAUUGUAAUAUCUGCCUUGAAAAGUGUUCUUUUCUAGAUUCCCAUUUUACAUUUUUUUAUUUUAUUUAUUUAUGCAUCUAAAAUCUUACUACAUCAGAUGUGUCUGACAAACAUAACCAUGUAGAGUAGCUAUGGAUGUUGCGCUGUUCCUACUGUUUUGCACCAUUUGUAUAAGAUGACAGUAUGCAACUGCACCUGCCUGUUAGAGACAGUUUGGGAGAAGGUGGGGAAAAAAAACUUUGCUGUUGUAAUUCAUUUUUAAUAAACAUUAUCAAGAACAACAGUGUUGCUUUUUUUCAAAUGUAAAGAUAAGACUUAUAUUAAGAUGGCAUAAUAUAAGAAGUUCCAAAUCAGCCUUAUAUAUCAGUCUCUGAAAUAAUAUUGUUUAACCCAGUCAAAAACUUAUUGCCAUAAACCAUUUCUAAAGAUUUUUAUAACUUUAUAAAUUCUCAAAAGGGUAAAGUAUCCUUUUAUAAAAUAUCCUUUUUACGUUUAGAGAGAAGGGAUUCCCUGUGCCUAGAUUACAUUUAAGAGGAAAUCUAUCCAGUGUCAUGAAUGCACUUGUUAAAAUCCCCACCUACAACUAUGAUGGAUGUCCAUCUUUCAAAACAUGUCUUCAUUAGAAGGCAGCAUCUCUAAUGUAAGGAAGUACCUCUGCUAUAUAUAAAUUACGUAAAAGAAUUGAAAAAGAAUGAGUAAUGCCUUUAACCAAUGCACUCGUUUAUUGUGCGGAAGGAGCAAAUACAUCAUUAAUAUACAGGGUGUCCCAAAAGUCUCCAUGCACAGGGGAAAUUUAUAUUUUUUAG